AUAUGCCCCGAUUACCCUUCUUCCCAGAGAACCGGCUGCGUGGCGGGCUGGAGCCCAGACACCACUGGCCAGACCAGGGCAACAGACUUAGGGAGGGGGUGGCAGAGGACCCAGCAGUGGAGCCAGAGGAGGCUGCAGGUUGUGUGGUGCCGGGGGCAGCGGGCCAGGCUGCAGUAGAGCGCCUCCAGAGAGCUGCCCAGGAUGACGCCCAGGCCACUCAGGGUCACCCAUCCCCCCGAAGAAACCCUUCAGGACGCCCAGCGUCCCCUCCCUCUGUGUCAUGGCCACCCGUGCCACAGUCAACCUCAUGACAGCUCCCAGCAUGCAGUACAGUAGCAGUCUGUCGUGUCUGACCCCCGAACUGGCCGAGCUCCUGCUCAGUCACAUGUCCCGCGAGAGGCUCCUUCGCCCGCGCACCCUGGAACUCUUUUUCGGCUGCCCGAUGCAGAAGUUUGUCCUCAACUGCUACCCGUACUCCACCAACGAGCUGCUCCGGCAGCUACGGGCCUUCACUGCACUGAAGCACCUGAGCCUGGUCAACUCUCCUCUCAUCACAGACGCAGGCCUCUCUGUGCUGUGCAGCCUACUGAAACUGCAGCACCUGAACCUGGCCUCAUGUAGCAAGCUAACAGACUCCUGUCUGCAGCACAUCACAGGCUUGAAGAGCCUGUCUUUCCUGUCGCUAGACCAGACCAAAGUAAGCGAUGUAGGGAUGGUGCUGUACCUGCAGUCUGCUCCUUCGACACUCACCCAGCUUAGUCUGAACCAGACCUCUAUCACGGAGGCCACCCUGGCAGCGCUGCCCGCCUGUGUGCCCCAGCUACGACUGCUCAGCAUCAAACACACUAAGGUGAGUGACGUGUCGGCCCUGGCUGAACUUCCCAGCCUGCAGACCCUCUACCUGGACGGCACGGCGGUGAGGGAGGGCUCUCUGGAGCACCUGGCCACCCACUCCGCCCUCUCUGCCCUCAGCGUGGCCGGCAUCUCCGUCGCUGAUGGCAACAACGUUCUCCAGAUCAUCUCAGGGCUCAGGCUGACCCAGCUGACCCUGCCUGGACGCCACUCGGUGACGGACGCCGGCCUGGCCUUCCUCUCCAGACUGUCCCUGCUGUCCGAGCUGGACCUUACUGACUACACAUACGUCACCGACCAGGGGGUCACCCAGCUGGCUACCAUGACCAGGCUGAAGAGGCUGUCGCUCAGCAACACCCAGGUGACGGACGCGGGGCUUCCCUCCCUGCGCUGUCUGCAGGAGCUGCUGGAGCUGUGUCUGGACCGCACGGCCGUCACCAGCCGAGGAGUGGCCGCCCUCGUCACCGGACUGCCACACCUGCAGGUAUUAAGCUUGGCCAGUACUCAGGUGGGCGACACGGUCGUGAGGAGAGGUCUGGUCCACUGUGUUCAGCUCUUCAAGCUCAACCUCAGCCGGACACGCAUCACUGACCACGGACUGAAGUUCUUGAAGUGCAUGUGUCUGACCCAGGUGAACCUGGACGGCUCGGGCGUGACCCUAUCGGGCAUCGCCAACCUGAUCGCCUCCUGUCCCCACAUCACCAGCAUCCGGGCCAGCAACCCGCGAGCCAUCCCCCCUGACCAGGUCUCCGACGACAACGACGGUGACAAUCAGUAGGGGGAUGAGUAGGGACCUCGCCCAGCCCUUUCUGAUGAGGCUUGGGUCAGCUAGCUAGUAGCUUCCGCUGUGCUCGGCGGUAUCAGCCCCAUGUUUCUGCAUCCAGCUGACAGGCUCAGCGUAGUCUGGGUGAAGAGAAACCCAGCUCUAACUGCACUGCUUCAACAGCGGCUAGUGGCACUACUCGCUCAAUCACAAGUCCACCGUAAUUGCUGUCAAAACCUUAGAAGGGUGCCUUCUUGUGCUUCUAAAGAUCUAGAUGGGAUCCCUGCUCCCUGUAGUUAAUCACAACCCCCAUUUAAAGUUAUUACGAUGAAGUCUCACAUAAGUGUGCUAUGUAGAUCCCGGUGUAGGGUUCAGUUGUCCCUAAAUGCAGAUUUUGGGUCAGUUUUUUUGCAUUUCUCCCAGUAAUGGUUCAGUGUAGGAUUGGGGGAGGGAAAGCUGAUCCUAGAUCUGUACCUAAGGGAAACUUCACUCCAGAGUGUAGAUUCCCCCCCCCCCUGGGCCUGGCAGAGGUAUAGUAUGCAUGAUGACCAAUCUACAUAAAGCAAAGGAACUAUGAUUAGGAAUUGAUCAGGGAUAUAACCUUCAUAUAUCACAGCAUGUUUUCACCCAGAUUUUUCUGCCUGAAUUCUCUAAUGAAUCAGUUAACACUACUGAGGUCUAACAUUUAACUCCAGUUCUACUUACUUCCUGUAUUGUCAAAAAACUAAAUGUUGGGGGUAGUUCAAGCUAAGGCAGGUUCUAUCUACAGUUGAAGUCAGAAGUUUACAUACACCUUAGUCAAAUACAUUUAAACUCAGUUUUUCACAAUUCCUGACAUUUAAUCCUAGUAAAAAUUCCCUGUUUUAGGUCAGUUAGGAUCACCACUUUAUUUUAAGAAUGUAAAAUGUCAGAAUAAUAGAGAGUGAUUUAUUUCAGUUUUUAUUUCUUUCAUCACAUUCCCAGUGGGUCAGAAGUUUACAUAC